AUGGCUGCUGUAGACAUUUCGCUGUUUACCGGUAUCGGCCUUAGUGAGCAGAAAGCAAAGGAAACUAUUAAGAAUGAACAAGUAUCACAGCUUCUGAAGCAAGCAAUAGAACAGGCAAAAAAAUGUGGGAUGUCAUCAGUAGAUAAGGAUGUUGGCAAGCUGCUUUACAAUGUGGCCACUCGCCUCAAGAAACAGAUUCAGUCUCACCAGAGUCUCCUUGUCAAUUAUAUUGCCACCAAAAAAAUCACCACCGAAAUUCAACUUAAUGCUGCCAUGGAAUAUCUGUUACAUAACCCACUACCUCCUGUUGAUACCACACGCCUGGAGCAGGAGAGUGGAGUGGGCAUUGUAAUCACACCAGAACAGGUGGAGGAAGCAGUGGAAGAAGUAAUGGAGAAGUACAAGUCAGAACUUCUAGAAAAACGCUACAACUUCAGCACUGGUAUUUUAAUGGGUGAAGCAAGGGCCAAACUCAAGUUUGCUGAUGGGAAAAUGAUAAAAAAUGAAGUGGAUAUGCAGGUGUUACAUUUACUGGGACCAAAGACAGAGGCUGACAGACAGAAACCAGCUGUGAAAAAGGCAGAAAAAACGAAGCAAAAUGAAGCUCAGACCAAGGAACCACAGACAGAAACCUUCAUGAACCCUGACGGAUCUGUGAAGAGCUUUAUGCAGGUUGCAGGAGAAGCUGUACACUUCCACAAAGUUGGUGAGAAUUACAAAACUGACUGCUAUGUUAUCAAUGAACAUACUAUGGAUCGUCUGAAAAAACAUGUCGAGGCUGUCAAGGGAAAGGUUCAUUCAAGAUUUCCACCAGAGCCAAAUGGUAUUCUCCAUAUAGGACAUGCUAAAGCAAUCAACUUCAACUUCGGAUUUGCCAAGGCCAUGGGUGGUAAUACAUAUUUGCGAUAUGAUGACACAAAUCCCGAGAAGGAAGAGGAGAAAUUCUUCACAGCCAUUUUGGAUAUGGUUCAGUGGCUAGGAUAUCAGCCCUUCAAGGUGACGCAUGCCUCCGACUACUUCCAAGAGUUGUAUGACUUUGCUGUUGUUCUCAUCAAGAAAGGGUUUGCCUAUGUGUGUCACAUGAAGUCGGAGGAUAUUAAGGGGUUCAACCCUCCGGACUCUCCUUGGAGAGAUAGACCCAAGGAGGAAUCCCUACAGCUUUUUGAGGACAUGAAGGCUGGUAAAAUUGGAGAAGGGCAAGCAACUCUGAGAAUGAAGCACAUAUUAGAAGAGGGAAAGAAAGACCCUGUGGCAUACAGGAUUAAAUUCACGCCUCAUCAUAGAACUGGAGACAAGUGGUGUAUCUACCCUACAUAUGAUUUUACACAUUGCUUGUGUGAUUCCUUGGAGAACAUUACACAUUCACUGUGCACCAAGGAGUUCCAGUCAAGACGGUCAUCAUAUUACUGGCUGUGUAACAUGGUGGACACAUACUGUCCUGUACAGUGGGAGUAUGGUCGACUCAACCUCAACUAUACUGUUGUUUCAAAACGGAAAAUCGGAAAACUCAUCACAGAAGGCUUUGUCAGAGAUUGGGAUGACCCUCGCCUUUUUACACUGACUGCCUUGAGGAGGAGAGGGUUCCCACCUGAGGCUAUCAACUACUUCUGUGCUAAGGUAGGAGUAACAAUGUCUCAAACUGUUCUUCAUCCAUCCAUGUUGGAUGCCUGUGUCAGGGAGGUGCUGAAUGUGACGGCCCCAAGAGCAAUGGCAGUAUUAGACCCCCUCAAGGUGACAAUAACUAACUUUGGUGAUGCUCAUAAGGCAAUUAGUGUACCCAACUUUCCAGCAAAUGAAGAGAAGGGCUCGCACAAGGUUCCUUUUGGGGCCACAGUGUUUAUAGAAAGGGAUGAUUUCAGAGAGAAAGCUGACAAAAACUACAAAAGAUUUUCUACUGACCAGCCAGUUGGACUCCGCCAUGCGGGUUUUGUCAUAGCUGUGGAAAAAGUGAUAAAGGAUGAUGAUGGAAAUGUUUGUGAGGUGUUGGCUACCUGUAAACCAUCAACAGAAUCCGACAAGCCCAAAGGUUUUAUACACUGGGUGUGUGAACCUCUGGUUUGUGAAGUGCGGUUGUAUGAGAUUCUAUUUAAUCAUAAAAAUCCAGAGGAUAAGAACGUUGUACCUGGUGGAUUUGUAACAGAUGUUAACAAGAAUUCUAUGCAGGUCAUACCUAAUGCUUACGUGGAUGUUUCGGUGAAAAAUGCUAAACUUUACGACAGAUUCCAGUUUGAACGUGUAGGAUUUUUCACUGUAGACAAAGAUUCUACCUCGACAAAGAUUGUGUUUAACCGCACUGUCACACUUAAAGAAGACCCUGGUAAGAAGUAAAAGUCUAUUCUAUCUACAGCAGCACAUCCACAAGGAUAUCUAACCACCAUAACAAUCAUAUAUACCAUAUCUACUGCAGCCACCAACUGCACGGUUAUCGUGUGCUGAUGACUGACUAGGGACUGACAUGUGAUGUUAACAAUGAACAGCUACACGUGGGAAUGACAUUAAAUCAGAUAUUUAUUCAGGAAAACAAACAUUCUAAUCAUGUGGAUGAAAGAGGCACAGCCAGGAUGGAGACUUUCCAUGGUUUUUCUUGUUAAGCAUCAUCCUCCAUAGAAAAAAUCUAUGGCAGUUAUGAAUUUUCAGUUUGGUUUUUCUUACCGUUACUUUGUAAAUACCCUUUUAAAUAGCGACUUAAAACAGUACAUUGUCACAAGGGACAUAUUGUUGUGAGAAGUUGCGUUGCUGUCUGUUUUGUGUGUGACCAAUAUUUUUACUGUGUAUUUAAGAUAACACCAAUUCUACCAGGUCGUUUGUUUGUUUUCUCUACCACAUACCAAGCAUUGCCCAAUUUUGUAGGACAUUUAGGCAGCCAUUAUGUAAGUUGUUGACACGAUGUGCCAUGUGAGAUGGCUAUGUCUGCCCCUGAUGUUCCAGUGGAUAACUUGAGCCCACCAACAGUCUUGUGGCAUCUGGUGCCCCAAUGUUUUUCUGCCUCCCCAUCCUCCCCACCCAUCAUCACUAACAAUUGCAGGGGCAUUCCACCACAAUUACUAGGCUGUCACCUAAUUUUUAGACAUGCACUUGUAAUGUUAAUACUCUUCAGACAGAAAUUAAAAAAACAAAAAAAAAAAACAAUUAUUCUGUCACGAUUCUGUGGUUGCGGUGUAGCUGGUGCAAUGUUACAAAUGUGUUUCCCAUGUCAGUGACUGUAUAUGUAAAUGCAAAAAGAAGACAUUUGAAUAACAGAUUUUUGUCUUCAUUUGAAUAAUAUAUUUCUCUUUCAUUAAGGUAUCACAGAUAUAGUAUAUAUCUGAAAUACAUCGAUAUUUGAAAAAUGUUGAAUGCCUCUUUCUAUAGACUGCAUUUGAGGAAAUUUGUAUCUACCCUUGUAAAGGCAUCAAUAUAAGAUCAAUUUUGUGAUGACUUGUAGAGUCUGUAACCUUGAGCAUUACAAGGUCAUUCUAAACCAUGCCAACAUAUUAACAUUAUCUUUCUCUAGGUAAUUAGACAAAGUAUUUAUGACAUAUCUGAAACUCUUUUCAGAUGUCAAAAUCUUUGUAUGUGUUAAAGUUUAAUUUUAGUUUGCAAUAAAACAAAAAUAAAAAAAUACACCAGAGUCAAGAAUUUGGAUUUCAGUUUCUGGCUGGUCUGAUGACUUGGGGGUCAGCAGGGAGAUAUCCCUGUAUGUCACAUAUAUUUAAAUUUUAGCCAGUUUUACUAUACUUUCUUUCAGUUAGACUUAAUUUGCAUAUCAUUUGUAUAAUGAAAAUAAUAAAUAUUCACUGACCUAAUA